ACACCUGCUCCAGCUCCACCUUCUUGUCACUCUGGAUGAGUCUGGUAACAUAAUGCCGCAAAACUCCAACUAAAAACGUGAUGAAGACAAUCGGUAACACGACCCACACACGGAUACUGGAGUCCAGCAGCAGCUCGGGUCCUGCCAUGGUCAUCUCAGUCAACUCAACACUGCCUUUAAUCUGUUUAUUUAGAACACCGGCAAGCUAAUCACCUGACGCGCGCGCAUUUGCUAACUUGUCUAACAACUUCCUGUCAAAGUUAAAAAUAAACCCCGGGGACUGUGUUAGCAAAGUUAAAUAACAACAACAACCAUAAAUACUUUAACUUCCUAACUCGUUAGUUUUUAAAACAACUUCACAUAUACUCCACGUUUUAACAAACAUUACAGCACCAAAAGAAACGCGUUAUAUUCAGUUUUACCACUGCUAGCUUCUGUAACUUCACCUUACAGUUCGACUGCCUGAAUCCCAAAUGGACUCCUUUUGAAAGCAAAGUGCACUAGAUAGUUCGUUCAAUCCGUUAUUUUAUCCCCUACAUAGUGCACCUACGUACACAACAGUUGACGGUUUGUGAUUUAACCAGUGCGCGUGCUGUGCUAUGCUGUACCGUGAGUAGUAUGCGCAUGCGUUAAAAUAGUGUGUCGGUAAUGUAAUGCUGUUCGAUUCCUCUGAUUCUGAUGUGAGAAAUGUACGGAGUCGAUUCUAAGAACCCAAAUUCGAUUCCUUUUUUUUUUUUUAAUCGACUCCGGGGCAACUCGCUAUCUGAUUCUGAUUCAAAUGUUUUGAAUCUACGGAGUCGAUUCCAUACAAACCUCUGGAUUCCAAAACUUCAAAUAGGUAACAGAACAGAAAGUCUUGUAAAAAAAAAAAAGAAUGAAUAAAAUAAACAGUGCACAAAUAUUAAUUAGGUAGCUUCAUAAAACACGAUUAUGUCUGACAGUUUGAAUCACAGAUCAUCUUGAGACAUUUACCAGACUAUGAAUCAUUUAAACCUAGGAUGACUUCCAGGUUAGCUGUGUAAUUUAAAUUAUCAAAUAAUAAUAAUCAUAAUAAUAAUAAUAAUAACGUAGGUGGUAGUCUUAAGAUCCUUUAGAAUUACUCGCAUUGUUUAUUUAGAAUUUAUUUUGUUUAGAGUCAACUCAGAUUCGAAUUCCAGUGCCAGGAAUCAGUGAAUCGUUUUUUCGGAGUCGACUCCCGGAUCGACGCUAAACAGAUAGCUAGCCAGCUAGCUGUCGGUAACUUAAUUGUUAUUUGUUUAUUUAUUAACUAUUGAAUAUGCAGCGCAUAUUUAAACACAUUAAUUAUCGUCUGUCGUUGUUGUGAAAGUGUUUGCAAAAGAAAGAAAGAGAGAAAACGAAAGACGGAAUGUAUUAUAUCUAUAAAAAUAAUUGAAAUCUAGCUAGCAUAGGUUGUAUGUUGUAUUUACUUCCGGGUGAUUAGCAAAGUAUUUCCUGUGUCUUGUCAACAAGUCAGAAUACCUACAUGUGAUCUGCGAUUAUUCUCUUCACACAAUGACCUCUGGAAAGCCUAACAUUAAUGAAAAGGUCCUGCAGUAUGAAUCCUUUAUUAAUGAUGUUUUAAAGAGAGAUCUACAGAAGGUUUUGGAACAAAGAGAUGGUGUGUAUGAAAAAAUAGCACAAUACCUUCAACUGAAGAACACAAUUAAAAGUAUUCAGGAAACUGGGAGCAAAGAGCUGAAGACGGAUGUUGAUCUCGGCUGUAAUUUCUACGUUCAAGCUCAUGUGCCUGAUACUUCCAAAAUCUUUGUUGCUGUUGGAUACGGAUUUUUUCUCGAAUUGACUCUUUCCGAAGCACUGACCUUCAUUGAGAAGAAAACCAGACAGCUUACAGAGUACAGCGAGGUUCUUAGCAAAGAUGCAGCAAAGAUCAAAGCACACAUUCGCAUGGUUUUGGAGGGUUUAAGGGAACUCCAGGGUCUGAAAGAUCUUCCCGAGACGACGAGACGGGAGGUGUUUUAAGCCCCUCACAGCGGCAGACUGAUGUCCUUUCUGCCUUUUAAGACACAAAGCACGGCUACAGCGCGUUUGCGCUUUAUACUGUAAAGUGAUUAUGUAUUUCAAUGACACUUUUUUUUUUUAACCUUAACAGGUUUUACUGUUACGUUACAAAACAGACUCAAUAAAGUGCGGCUUAUUUUGAAUAGCCUUGACGACAAUAAAGAUGCUUUAGUGACUGAA